AUGGUGAAGACUUACCUAAGAUAUGAGCCGGCUGCUUCGUUUGGCGUGAUAACGUCUUUCGAUUCGAAAAUUGCAUACGACUCGACGGGGAAGCAUGUCCUUGCUCCGGCACUGGAGAAGGUCGGAAUCUGGCACGUCCGGCAAGGAAUCUGCAGCAAAACCCUAGUUCCUUCCUCCUCUCGAAGCGGACCGUCUCUCGCCGUUACCUGUAUCGCCUCCUCUUCUUCUACUUUGAAUAGAGCUCAAAAGGUUGCAGUUGGGUAUGCAGAUGGGAGUAUAAGAAUAUGGGAUUGUGAGAAAGGAACCUGUGAGACUAAUCUUAAUGGCCAUAAGGGCGCUGUGACUGCACUGCGUUACAACAAGCUUGGAUCUAUGGUUGCAUCUGGAGGUAAAGACAACGAUGUUAUCUUGUGGGAUGUGGUUGGUGAAACAGGGCUUUUUCGUUUCCGUGGUCAUCGUGAUCAGAUCACCGAUCUUGUUUUCUUGGAUUCUGGUAAGAAACUUGUUACUUCAUCCAAGGACAAGUUCGUGAGAGUCUGGGAUCUUGAGACCCAGCACUGUAUGCAAAUACUUAGUGGUCAUCAUAGUGAAGUCUGGUCUGUGGAUGUUGACCCAGAGGAAAGAUUUCUCGUCACUGGUUCUGCUGAUCGAGAACUGAGGUUCUAUGCUGUUAAACAAGACAUGUCGCAUGGAUCAUUGGUGUCAGAUUCAAAUGCAAAUGGACUUGAUGCCAGCGGAGAUCAUUCGACCGAGAAUAAGUGGGAAGUUUUGAAACCGUUUGGGGAAAUCCAGAGACAAACCAAGGAUAGAGUUGCGAGUGUGAGAUACAAUCAUUCAGGAAGUCUGUUGGCUUGUCAAAUGGAAGGGAAAACAGUUGAGAUAUACCAAGUUUUGAAUGAAGCGGAGGGAAAGCGGAAAUCAAAGCGUAGGCUUCGCAGGAAAGAGAAGAAAUCUUCCAAAGACGGGGAUGAAAAUAUAGCCGGCGACGGAGAUGCAAGUAAUGAAAUCGAGAAAGCUGAUAGUGUUAUUGCUCCUACUGCCCCUGACCUUUUUAAGCUCCUACAAGUCAUUAGAGCUGGCAGAAAAAUAAGCUCUUUCUCUUUAUGUCCGAUUACUCCAAGAGAUUCCUUGGCGACAUUGGCUUUGUCUUUGAUCAAUAACUCACUGGAGUUCUAUACACUGAAGGGCAGCGAGAACGAGAAAACUGCUACCAUUGAACACCAAGGACAUCGAUCUGACGUGAGGAGUGUAGCCCUCAGUGAUGAUAACACCCUUUUGUUGUCAACCAGUCACAACGAAGUGAAAAUCUGGAAUCCUAGUAUAGGUGUCUGUCUGCGGACCAUUGAUUCAGGAUAUGGAAUCUGCAGUAUGAUUGUCCCUAAAAAUAGGUAUGGUAUUGUUGGAACUAGGAGUGGGGUACUCGAGAUCAUUGAUAUAGGGAGUGCUACCAAAGUGGAAGAAAUUAAAGCACAUGGUGGAACUAUUUGGUCAAUUGCAUCCAUUCCAGAUGACUCUGGGUUUGUCACUGUGAGUGCAGAUCAUGAAGUCAAAUUCUGGGAAUACCAAAUCAAAAAGGAGCCUGGUCAAGUUUUCUAUGUGGAUUCCUUAAAAUUCUACCUCUCCUUAUAUGGCCACCAGUUGCCUGUCAUGGCCAUUGACAUUUCAUCAGAUGGAGACUUGAUUGUAACUGGUUCUCAGGACAAAAAUUUGAAAAUUUGGGGUUUAGAUUUCGGUGAUUGUCACAAGUCCAUCUUUGCUCAUGAUGACAGUAUUAUGGGUGUGAAAUUCGUUCGCAACACCCAUUACCUGUUCAGCAUUGGGAAAGACCGACUCGUGAAGUAUUGGGAUGCAGACAAGUUUGAGCUGCUGUUAACGCUUGGUGGACAUCACGCACCGAUUUGGGGCUUAGCUGUCAGCAAUCGUGGUGAUUUUCUCGUCACAGGGUCUCAUGACCGCUCCAUGCGACGUUGGGAUCGUACUGAAGAACCUUUCUUCCCCGAGGAGGAAAAAGAAAAGAGGUUAGAAGAGCUGUUUGAGUCUGAGAUCGAUAACAACGCAGUGGAGAACAGGUACCAGGAGGAAAUUCCAGAGGAAGGUGUUGCAGGUUUGGCCAAGAACACGACAGUAGAUGUCCUAUCAGCUGCUGAUUCAAUCAUAGAAGCUCUAGAGUUAGCAGAAAACGAAAAGAAACGUGUUGCUGAACAUGAGGAGGAGAAAACAAGGGGAAACGUCCCUGCUCUCCUACCAAAUGCUAUGAUGCUCGGGCUUUCUCCGUCUGAAUUUGUUCUCAAAACCAUCUCAAAAGAAAAAACAAACGAUCUUGAACAGAUCUUACUGCCUCUACCAUUCUCAGAUGCUUUAAGGCUUCUCUCCUACAUGGAAAACUGGAGUUUGAUUCCCGAAAAGGUAGAGCUAGUUUGCAGGAUUGCAACGAUUGUAUUACAGACACAUCACAACCAGUUGGUAACGACGCCGUCUGCACGACCAAUAUUAAGUGUCCUUAGGGAUGUUCUUCACGCAAAAGUCAAGGAAAGCAAAGAUACAAUCGGUUUCAAUUUGGCCGCCAUGGAUCAUGUGAAGCAAAUGAUGGCAUCAAGAUCUGAUGCUCCUUUCAGAGAUGCCAAGGCGAAGCUAAUGGAGAUAAGAUCGCAGCAAGCGAAACGCAUGGAGGCACGUUUGGAUACGAAACAAGAGAGGAAAAGAAAGAAGAAACAAAAGAGAUUAGAGGAUGGUGGGCAUGGUCAUGCCUGGGUCUGA